AUGCAUUAUUUGUCGGAUAAAUUUUAUGGCAAACUUGAUACAAAUGUCUAUUACUAUUAUUAAGUCAAAAAUGAAAAUCCAAAUUAUUGUGCAUCCUUCAAUUAUUAGUGUUUCUUUUUGAACAAUUUAUUGUUCAAUAAUUAUGUCGAUCAUACAUACGAUAAACUAAAACCUACACUUAUGAAAAAUGUAAUUAAUAAUAAUUAUUUUAAAGGUUUACGAAUUUGUCGAAUUUUUACAACAGAACAAAAAAGCAUAUUUUCGGGAUUCUUCAAGAAGAGAACUUGAAAAAAGUUUUGAAAAAUAUUAUUAAAUCUGA